AUGAUCAGUUUCAAAACUGCUUUGCGUGUGUGAAGCUAUUGUUCCCCUAUAGAGAGGGCAGUGCUUCUUCACCCAUAGGUACCACUGCUCUGGGUGACACACACUGUUUACUCAGAUUCAACUGUGAGAAAAAGAAGAAGAAGAAAAACAGGAAUCUGAGGCUGAGUUGAACAUUAGAAAAUAAAUCUUCUCGUCUUUUUACAGUUUCGGUGAGUCUGUGCCCAAGAUAGCCUCAGAUUCUUGUUCUUACCUGACAGACAGACAUUCAACCUGAUGUGGUCUUCUGCUGUUGUAGCUCAUCCACCUCAAGAGAGAGAGAGAGAGAGAGAGAGAGAGAGAGAGAAUUUCCAUGGUCCUUGACUGGGGAAUGUUUUUGCUGAUGCACCAGACAGACUACAGUAUACUAUCCGGGCUACAGGAUGAGAAUAUAUAUUUUAAUCAUAUAAAAUACAUUAUGUGAAUUAUUUAAUACUAGACGAAUCAGUUAAAGCAUUUCUUGAGUUUCUUUCACUUGCUGUACCGCUACGAUCCCGGAAGCGUGACGUCUCUCGGUGUCUGAAUUCCAAACGACUUCCUAUUGGACGAGAAGUGCACUAUAUGAAGUGUAUAAGCCCUUAUUUCAUACCUUAGCAUAUAGUGCACUUGUAUAGGGAGAAGGCAGCCGUUUAGGUUUCGGCCAGUAUUAGUCAACAGCAAGUGAAUGCUAUUUGACUGAAUAUGAACAGUGAUAGUGACUAGUUUAAUGCUAUUUUUUUUAAAGGUAGAUUAAUGUUAAAUGUUUAACAUUAACUACGUUUCUCAGUGCCUUGAGCCAUGAGAGUGAAGGUCAUUUCCAUUUUGGAGGACAACUACAUGUACUUGGUUAUAGAUGAACAAAGUAAAGAAGCCAUUGCUGUAGAUCCUGCUGUACCUCAUCGGCUGCUGGAGAUAGUGAACAGAGAAGGAGUGAGACUCACAGCAGUGUUAACUACUCACCAUCACUGGGACCAUGCACGGGGCAAUGAUGCUCUACUAAAGGACCUCCCUGAUUUACGAGUGUAUGGAGGAGACGACCGCAUCACAGGACUGACCCACAAAGUUACUAAUGGCCAGGAGCUCAAGUUUAACACUAUAAAUGUGAGGUGCCUGUUCACACCUUGCCAUACUUCUGGACACAUGUGCUACUUCCUGUGGGAAGACGACUGCCCCGAUUCCCCUGCUGUGUUCACUGGGGACACACUGUUUGUGGGUGGUUGUGGGAAAUUCUUUGAGGGAACGGCAGAGCAGAUGUACCACAACCUGACCAAGGUGCUGGGAACCCUGCCUCAGGACACAAAGGUCUUUUGUGGUCACGAAUACACAAUAAAGAACUUGAAGUUUGCAAUGCUGGUGGAACCAGAGAACGAGAGGGUGAAGGAGAAGCUUAGCUGGGCUCGGUUGGUUAUUAGGCACGAGACGAGGAUGACAAGCCGACGGUGCCGUCAACGUUACUGGAGGAAUUUGAGUACAAUCCAUUCCUCCGUCUCUCCGAGGAGGGCGUGCAGAAGUUCACAGGGAAGUCAGACCCUAUCGAGGUUCUGCGUGUGCUACGAAAAGAGAAGGACAACUUCAAGAAGCCCAAAGAGCGCAUCCCCCCACAUGUCAUGCUCGCUGUGGAAUGGGGUCUGCUUAGACCAAAACUCACUUAAACAGAGCACUGGACUACUGCAAUGCACACUGACCAUGCUGAAGCUACUCACUGAGAGCACUACUGUUUAUUGCUGAAGUAGUGCCAUUAUGAAAGAACAUGAUUAUAAACAUGAUUUAAUGUACCUCUUACACUGCAUGUUAAACAUAAGUUAUAAUAUGGAUUUCUGUAUAUAAUCUUUUCACACUGAGGAGGCAUUCAUUUCAGUCAACAUGAUUUAUGUUUGUUUACACAUAUUUGCACUAAUUACCUAAAUGAUACUGUAAAAAAAAUAAAUAAUAUAAAUAAUUUACAAAAACUUUUAUGAACUGCAUUUCAAAGGCAUGUUCAUUUUCGUUGUUUACAAAAAUUUUUACCUCUUAAAUACAAAAAGGAUGCUUAAUCAAUAAAGCUACAAUUAAAUAUAAAAAGUGUUUAUUGAGAAACAUAUUCUGUAAUUAAUUCCUAAAUAAAUAUAGUAAGAUAACUUAAAUACAUGUGAUCAUUUAU